ACCUCUCCACCACCGCAACACACAUCUCCACGCGAGCUGCGAUAUUCUCUUGAAAAAACACAAAAAAGAUUAGGAAAAAAAAUUAAAAAAAUUCUAAAAAAAAAGAAAAAAAAAAUACUUACUACUCUUAAUUCUGUGUAAAUUCAAAGGCAAAAAUGGCAAAGCAACAAAUCAUUGUCGUCGUUGCCUUCGUCACCUUCUUCGCAGCCGUGGGGAUGCAAGCGACCGCCCAAGAACCCAACAUUCCCGCCGCCGCAGCCAACAUCGCCCCCGCCGCCGCCGCCGCGGGGGUGGACCCUAACGCGGUGGUCGGCGCUCUCAACAAUGCGGCCAAGGACGCCGCUCCCGUCGGUGGGCCCAUUCCCGAAGGAGUCUUCAAGAACCUCGCCCCGCCCGCGGGAGGCUCGCCAGCGGGCGGGGCCUCGGCCCUCGGAACCAACGCCGCCGCGGCUGGCGCGGCAGUCGCCGCCGGCGUUGUUGGCUCCUUUUUCUUCUACUAAAUCUGUGAGCGGGGAAUAAUAUAUAUAUAUAUAUAUAUAUAUAUAUAUAUAUAUGUAUGGUCGGAUAAUAAUAAUAAUAAUAAUAAAUAAAUAAAUAAAUAAAAAGAAAAAAAAAUAUAAUAUCAUUUUCUGCUUUUAUUUUAUUAUUGAUCAUUGAUUAAGUGAUCAUUUCUCUCAGAAGCUGACAAUUCACACGUUUGCGAUUGGUGGAUUGAGCUCUGUAAGGAACAAAUCAUUUAUUUUCUAGUAGUAGAUUUUUUUUAUUGUUUAUAUAUAUUGUAUUUAGAUAUAGAGAUAAAGGAUUUCUUUUCCUUUUUGUCAAAAGAAGGAAUUGACUUCACCUAUUAUAGUGUUAUUUCCCAGUGCAAUGGAUGGAUGUUUGUCUUA